AUGAACAGCGAUUCUCUAAAUUACUGGAUGCAGCGAUUUGUGUUGGAAUUAGAAAACAAGGAAUAUCCACCUCGCUCCCUGUACUACAUUGUGUGUGGUUCAGGAGACCGGACCAGGAUGCGGCUUGUGUUAGCUCUAGCAGUAACUUUCUGUCUGACGUGGCAGGCCUCCGCGAGGGCAUACGAUAGGGAGUGGGAACGAUGUCGGAGGCAGUAUGAAGAACUUAAAGCAGAAGUCCAACAUUUACAGGAACUUAUAUCACAUCUCCAGUAUGCCGUGUCAAAGUGUUCCAAACACUAUGUUAAAGGUCCACCAGGUGAACCCGGAGCUCCGGGACCAAGGGGUCCUAAAGGAAAACCCGGAAUAAAGGGAGAGAAGGGAGACCCCGGAAUGAAAGGACCAAUGGGACCCAAAGGCUAUCCAGGACCUCCCGGUCCAAAGGGCGAUAAAGGACCUCCGGGACAUCCCGGAAUUCCGGGCCUACCAGGUCGUAAGGGUAACAGAGGAAUUCCAGGAAUGAAAGGAGACCCUGGUCCACCGGGUCCUCAAGGAAACAAAGGAGAGAAAGGUGAAAAAGGAGAAAAGGGUGAACGAGGAGAGCCGGGAAUUCAAGGUGAACAAGGAGAAAAAGGCGACCCAGGUAAACAAGGAGAGAAGGGAGAGCAGGGACCCCAGGGCAUUCCCGGUGAUCAAGGACCUCCGGGAAAUACAGGACCAAAAGGGGACACAGGUCCUCCUGGUAUACAAGGUGAAAAGGGUGACCCUGGUGAUCCAGGAGACCAAGGACCAAAAGGCAACGAUGGAGAGAAAGGAGACAGAGGUCCUCGAGGUCCUAAAGGUGACCCAGGAGAAAGAGGACCCACUGGUCCCCGAGGGCCCCAAGGACGUCAAGGGGACAAAGGAGAAAAGGGGGACAUGGGUGAAAAGGGAGAAAAGGGAGAUGUUGGCCCUCAAGGUCCACAGGGUCCCAUGGGUCCUAAGGGAAAUAAAGGUGUUAAAGGAGACAAAGGAGACCCAGGGGAGCCUGGGGAGAAAGGGGACAAGGGUGACAAAGGAGACAAAGGUGAGAAAGGUGAAAAGGGAGACCCAGGACCCCAGGGAGAAGUCGGACCCAUGGGGGAUCAAGGUCCAAAGGGAGAAACUGGACCAAAAGGUCACCCAGGACCCAAGGGGCCACCGGGUCCCAGAGGUCACAAAGGACCAAAGGGUGAUAAAGGAGAUAAAGGUGAAAAGGGGGAUAUUUAUCCUUACUAA